AUGGUGAAACUAUUUGUUGGAAACUUGGCUGAGGGAGUUGAUUCGAGCAGAUUGCGAAACCUAUUCUUACAAUAUGUCCAGGUCCAAGAAUGCGAUGUGCUAAAGAACUUUGCUUUUGUUGUAAGUGAAAUUUGAGAUGAAUUGACCUUUGCCUUUAGCAUGUUGUUACCGACGAGGAUGCGGAACUGGUGAUAGAGAAGUUAGAGAAAUAUAAUUUGGAUGGAAGAGAGAUCCACAUUGAGAGAUCCACGUCUAGACUGAGAAAGGAACCAGGAAUGGGGGAUAAAUGUUUUACUUGCGGGGCUACCGAUCAUAAAACCCCCAAUUGUCCUCAGGAAGAGACGAGGAAGGGUCCGAAAAGAAAGGGCGGUUCCGACGAUCUCGGUGAGAAGAAAAAACCUCUUUUGGCUGUCUCCAAUCCGGGACUCCAAUUCCCGACUACGCAUGAAAAUGAUCCUGAACUUCCAUGCCCUCAAAAUCCGUAGGUGUAACAGGAAAAUCUCUAUUCAUGUUUGAUUUCAGGGAAUUGCGGAAUCUUUACAAUCAAUACAUUGAAUCGAGGACAAAGUAUUUCUUCUACAGAGAACGUCUUUCAAAAGAAUUGGCCAUGCAGCCUCACGUUGCGACGAGCUCCGUCCCCGCGGCUCCAGUGGUCGCUCGAUUCGAUAUGACUAAGGCUAAUCCUCAGGUUCAAGUUAAGACUCCUCAAACUUCAGCUCCUUAUAUGGCCGCGCAAUCAACGCCAUAUAUUCCUGCAGUCGUCCAGCCAGCUCCGUAUCAAGUUCCUCAAGGGUCUUACAGCUCCAGUUACGCCACUGCUGCCCCUCACUUGAAGCCCGGUGCCACAAUUUCCGCUCCGGCUACUCCUUAUUCAUCAUCGACUGGACUUGCGUCGGCUCCUUACACUAAUCAGAGCCCAGCGGCGCCUUAUCAAAGGUUGUCGCAACCUUAUCCAGGUGUUGCCGGCAGCAAUACGGGCACUCCCCCACCCAAUGCUCCCUACGCGAAACAGAGCGCGACGUGUGUUUUUUUAAAGAUUUUUGCCGGGAUUUUACUGUUUAUAGGGAUUGGUUUAUUACAUCGGAUAAGGUUUUAUCUUGGCUGUUUUUGAAGCCUAGUUGUGUUCUCGUCGACUUAUGAAACAACGGAACAGUAAUAUGCGGAGAAUAGUUUUUAUUGUUUUCUUUCGGAUUUGUUUUACAUUGAGCGUGAUUAUCAGGUCGUUGAAACAAUGAUAGCCGCGAUGUCAAAGGACAAACUUUCGAGACGUGAUGUUCGGACGUGAAAUUACGAGAAACUCUGUCUACUUUUGUCUCGAUUCCCGAUUCGUGUGAAUUUGUGACUGACCCUAAUACAAUUUUUUUCAGAUACCGCUCCCCAGCUGCCCCGCUCUACGCAACAGUUACCUAUAAUAACCGUUAA